UGCACACACACCUCACACACAGAUUGAAACACACUUCUGUUGUUGGAGAUGGAGAUGAAGUUCAUGCAUCUGUUUUUUCUGGUGUCGCUCACCGUGAACUUUACAGAAGAGUCUGAUGUGAUUGGAUCACAUGAACCAGUCAAAGCAACAGUCGGUCAAGACGUCAUUCUGCCAUGCCACCUGGAGCCUCCAUCUGAUGUGUCGACUCUAACAGUGGAGUGGAAACAGGAUGAAAAACAGGUACACCGCUAUCGAAGUGGAGCAGACGAUCUAGCUGGUCAGGACGAGAACUUCAAAGACAGAACGUCUCUCUUCCAUGAAGAAAUGACCAGAGGAAACAUUUCACUGAAACUGACCAAAGUAACUGAACGGGAUGCAGGAACUUACACCUGCCAUGUUCCUAAACUGCACAGUCAAGUCAGGAAAGGCAAAGUUACCCUCACUGUUGAGUCAAUGGAUGAUCCAGACAAAGGACGUCAGACUAAUAAAACUGCUCGUGUCCCUGGAAUUGUCAUUGGCUGUGUCAUAGGUUUCAUCAUUGUGUUAAUUGCCUUUUAUACAUGGAGGAGAAAACACAAGCAGAGGCAGCUUUGACAGCCUUCUUCAUCCCUGCAUCGCAGACUGGACCUAGAGAUGUGGAACGUCCCCUUACUGGUGGGGAAGGAACCAGAGCUUGUGCGACAGCAGUUCCGGUCUUCUGGGAGUCUCUAGCUGGCGUCCUGGAAGGGAUUCCUUCUGGUGAUUCUUGAGUUCUGCUGGUGGGUGAUGAUGGAGAAACCUCGUCAGGAGAGUUUGGGAGGGACUGCCUGCUCCAUCUGAACCUGAGUGAUGUUUUAUAACUGGACUUCUGUGCUAGUCGUGAGUUGGUCAUAACAAACACCAUGUUGGAACCUAAGGUUGUUCAUAUGUGUACUUGGUUGGUCUUAUGUCCUGGACGCUCGGGCGAGCAAUCGAGCGGUCAGCUGACCACCGUCUGGGGGUUAGUUGGAUCAGAUGGCAGGGCAGAGCUGUCUUCAACUCAGACCUCCAGAACAAUUUUUUGCAAGUUGGGGACAUCAGAGUGAGGUGAUCAUCUCUGAAAAGUCAACUUUUAGUCAGAAAAACUAUUUCAGCUUUGUAACUUUGCAUAGCAAAGUCUCUCUGUCCUCAAAUGUUGUGUUGAAUUAUGUUAAACAUAAAAAAUCAAGUAGUAACUGUCGGAUUCAAUAAAGAAUAUAAGAAAAAUCUGUACACGUUAAAAAUCUUUUUAUUAUCAAUCAACAGACUUAGAGAUUAGACACAUCUGUGGUACAACCACUCCCCAGUUCACAGUCCAGGCAGCUCGGCUAACAAACAAACUGAGCUAACAGCAGCUACAGCUGUCAGCAGUUUAUCUGUGACCUGAACUGUUAAAAAUGUCAAUGCCGAGCUAAAGAACAUCAUCUGAUACUUUUAUACAGGCAAAUCUUAAGACAAACACAUCCCAAAUACAUGUCAUAAAGCAUACAAAAAAAUAUUCAAACAUUCAAAGUUACAUAGAAGAGUCUUUUUUGGUGGCGUGUAUCCUUUAUAAUAAUAAUAAUAAUGCAUUUUAUUUCAAAGCGCCUUUCAGAACACCCAAGGACACUAUACAAAGACAAAAAAAAACAUAGAAAUACAAAGAAAAAAGGCAGUACACAAUAAAAAGCACAGGCUGUAAAAUAUAAAACAAAAAAAAUAAUUAAAAGUCAAAGUGCAUAGGCUAACUGAAACAAAUGAGUUUUCAGUCUAGAUUUGAAGAGGGGUAAAGAGUUAAUAUUGCGGAUGUCAGGGGGUAGUGCAUUCCAGAGUUGGGGAGCAGAGCAACUGAAAGCUCUACUCCCCAUAGUACUGAGGCGGGCAGUGGGGACAGUAAGGAGGAGGGAGGAGGAGGAACGAAGGGAGCGAGAGGGAAUAGCAGUGUGAAGAAGAUUAGACAGGUAAGGAGGGGCAAGAUUGUGGAUGGCUUUGAAAGUAUGGAGGAGUACUUUAAAAUGAAUUCUGUGCUUAAUGGGGAGCCAGUGGAGAUGCUGUAGUACAGGGGUAAUAUGGUGAAAUGAAGGGGUUCUGGUAAUGAUGCGGGCAGCUGAGUUUUGGACCAGUUGCAACUUGUGAAGGGAUUUGUGGGGGAGACCAAAGAGGAGGGAAUUACAGUAGUCAAGACGGGAGGUGACAAGGCUGUGUACAAGGAUGGAAGAGGUGUGGGAGGAGAGGGAGGGGCGAAGACGAUUAAUAUUGCGUAGGUGAAAGUAAGCGGACCUAGUGAUGUUGUUAAUGUGGGAGUGGAAUGAUAGAGAACUGUCUAGGAUGACACCCAAGCUCUUGACCUGGGGAGAGGGGGAGACUGAGGAUCCAUCAAUUGAAAAAGAGAUAUUGCUAGCUUUGGAUAGGGUGGAUUUGGUGCCUAUAAGGAGGACUUCUGUUUUGUCACUGUUAAGUUUUAAGAAGUUGGAGGUGAACCAGGAUUUGAUUUCGGACAAGCAUGAGGUAAGGGAGGGGG